UCAUUUUUUGGGGACUUGCCCUCAAAAAGUCAUGCGCCUCCGUCCUCUAGUAUAAGAAUAAGUGAACAAGAAGAUCGAAUAGGAACCGAACUGCCUGAAAAUACCUUACCAAAUCUUCAGCUAACGCUUGUUGUUGGUUGUUGAACUCCAUCACCUAAUGGCUUCUUCAUUGAAAUCCAAAAGGACAUAUCAUGUGUUCUUGAGUUUCAGAGGCGAGGACGUUCGGAAUAACUUCCUUGGUCAUCUCUACAGAGCUCUUGAUCAGAAUGGAAUCUACACUUAUGUUGAUAGCGAGGAGCUCAGGAAAGGAGAGCAAAUAGCUCCGGCACUUAUGAAGGCAAUCGAGGAAUCACAGAUCGCGAUAAUCGUUUUCUCCAAGGAUUAUGCUUCCUCACGGUGGUGUUUGGAAGAGUUGGUGAAAAUCAUUGAUUGUAAGAAAGAAAGAGAUCUCAUGGUCUUUCCUUUGUUUUACAAAGUGGAACCCAGAGAAUUGAGAACACCAAGAGGGAUCUAUAGAGAUGCUAUGGAUAAGCAUGAGUUCAAGUACGGAAAGGAUUCAAAAGAAGUGAAGAGAUGGGAGAAAGCUCUUUCUGAUGCUAGUGACUUGUUCGGAUGGACUUUGAAAGAUGGAGAUGAGGCAGAGCUUAUACAAAACAUUGUGAUGGAUAUCUCCACUCGCUUAAACCGAACACUUUUGCAUGUUGCUAUGCAUCCGGUUGGGAUACAUUCCCCCAUGGUUAAAUUGAAAUCAAUGUUAAACCUUGAGUCUGAUGACGAUGUUCUCAUGGUGGGAUUGUGGGGACAGGGAGGCACAGGAAAGACGACUUUAGCCAAAGCUGUUUAUAAUGAUAUUUACAAUCAAUUCGAGAAUUCAUGUUUUUUGGCGAAUGUUCGAGAAGUUUCAAAAGAUUGCAAGGAUUUAGUUACUUUGCAAGAAAAAUUACUAUCUGAGAUAUUAGCACUGAAGGAAGGAUUAGUGUCUAAUGUUGAUAGAGGUAUUAAUCUAAUACAAGAAAGACUUUGUCACAAAAAAGUUCUCCUCAUCCUUGAUGAUGUGAAUGAUUUGAAACAAUUAAGUGCUUUAGUUGGAGAAGGUAAGUGGCUUCACAAUGGGAGUAGGAUCAUUGUUACUACAAGAGAUAAACAUUUGCUAACUUAUCUCGGAAUAGAUCAAGAUCAUGUGUACGAAGUUAGAGAGCUGAAUUACAAUGAUGCUCGUGAGUUGUUUAGUAAGCAUGCUUUUCCGACACACCAAAACUUUACGAUCAAGACAGAUCUAGUGGAUAGAGCUCUAAAUCUUGCUAAAGGCCUUCCUUUAGCACUUGAGGUGCUAGGUUCCUUUUUGCGUGGUAGAAGAGAAAAUGAAUGGGAAAGUGCACUAGAUAAUAUUUCUACGGCUCCUAAGAAAGACAUCAAUGAUGUGCUCAAAAUAAGUUAUGAUGGAUUAGAGCGAAAUGAGCAAGAGAUCUUUCUCCACAUUGCCUGCUUCUUCAAGGGGUGGGAUAGUGAGUAUGUAAAGAAAAUUCUUGACAGUUGUGAUCUUAAGGCAGUAAUAGGAUUAAAAAUUCUCGUGGAGAGGUCUUUGAUAAGAACUGAGUUUGAGGAAUUACAAAUGCAUGACUUGAUUCAAUUGAUGGGUAUGGAUAUUGUGAACCAAGAAAGUGAUGAUCCUGGGAGACGUAACAGAUUAUGGCAACAUGAUGAUGUUGUUGAUGUUCUGUCAAGCGACAUGGGAAAUUGUGAUGUCAAAGCUAUAGUGUUGAAGCCACCUAAGCCAAUAGAGAUGUGUAUCAAUCCUGAUGCUUUUACAAAAAUGAGAAGGUUGAGAUUGCUCAUCUUGCACGACGUUCAUGAUUCUUUCCAAGGUCCUAUAUGUCUUCCUAAUGAGCUUAGAUGGUUUGAGUGGACUGGAUGUGCUCGCCAGAUUCCAGAAUUUUCCUCCGGUCCAAAGAAAGUAGUGGGACUUAAUAUAAGCGAAGGCAAUAUCACAGGAGUCGUAAAACAAUUUAAGGAUUUCAAAAAUUUGAAGUACAUUACUUUAAGUUAUUGUAAGGAGCUGGUUCGUAUUCCUGACCUUUCAUAUACUCCAAAUCUUGAGGAAUUGGAUUUUCAUAAUUGCAAAAACUUGGUAGAAGCUCAUGAGUCCCUUGCAUAUCUUGACAAGUUACAAGUGUUAAAUUUCUCGGGGUGCUCUGAACUUAGUGCCUUUCCAGAUGAGCUCAAGUCAAAAAAGAUUAAAACUCUCAGAUUUGAAAAAUGCACAAAGUUAGAAAGGUUCCCUGAUAUUCCACAUAAACUCGAAGCCCUAGAUUGGCUUGACUUAGAAGGGACUGCAAUUAAAGAACUGCCCGCAUCAAUAGAAAAUCUUGUCUCUUUGGAGGGAAUGUGUUUGAAUACAUGCAAGAACCUGGUUAGUCUUCCGUCUAGCAUUUAUAAGUUACAAAACCUUCAUACUUUGGAAAUUGAAGGUUGCACUAAUUUCACAUUUCCAAAGCACAACGAUUCGGCCGAUCCAUGCAUGAAGAUCGGACUUUCAAAUUUAAUCUGGUUAAGCCUUGCAGGAUGUAAUUUGUCUGAAGUAGAGUUUCUUGAGGAUCCUUCCCGUUUUCCCCUCUUGAAAACUUUAAUUUUGUCGGAGAACAAUAUUAUUGCCCUUCCUCCAUCCAUCAAUGAGCGUGAUCUGUCUAUGCUGAGGGUCGAAAACUGCCAUCAAUUACAAAACAAUGAAGAUUUAACCUCAAUUCAUCAAUUUGUGCGUAAAGGUUUGGCUAAUGAGUUGGCUUAUGAGCUUGGCCCACAUUUCGUUGGCAAGGUUAGAUACUCUCUCUCUCUCUCUCUCUCUCUCUCUCUCUCUCUCUCUCUCUCUCUCUCUCUC